GAGGACAUGGUGUGUCUCUCCUGCACCGCAACCGGCGAAAGGGUUUGCCUGGCGGCCGAGGGUUUCGGUAACAGACACUGCUUCCUCGAGAACAUCGCGGACAAGAACAUACCCCCGGACCUGUCGCAAUGCGUAUUCGUAAUAGAACAAGCGCUCUCGGUGAGAGCGCUGCAGGAAUUGGUUACCGCUGCCGGUUCCGAGACGCAGCAAGAAAGCUUAGGAAAGGGCACUGGAUCGGGCCACAGAACUCUUCUAUAUGGCAACGCGAUUUUACUGAGGCAUCAGAACAGCGACAUGUAUUUGGCUUGUCUGUCGACCAGCUCGUCCAACGACAAGUUGGCUUUCGAUGUCGGUCUACAACAACAUUCUCAAGGGGAGGCUUGCUGGUGGACAGUUCAUCCAGCUUCGAAACAGAGGUCAGAGGGUGAGAAGGUCCGAGUAGGUGACGAUCUCAUUUUGGUAUCCGUGGCCACCGAGAGAUACUUGCACACCACCAAAGAGAACGAUUUGUCGGUGGUGAACGCCUCGUUCCACGUCACCCAUUGGUCCGUACAGCCAUACGGUACCGGGAUCAGUCGAAUGAAGUAUGUCGGUUACGUGUUCGGCGGUGAUGUUUUGCGAUUCUUCCAUGGCGGCGACGAGUGUCUCACUAUACCGUCGACUUGGAGCACAGCGCCCAGUCAGAAUAUUGUGAUCUACGAGGGUGGCAGCGUAAUGAGCCAAGCUCGAUCUUUAUGGAGGCUCGAAUUAGCAAGAACAAAAUGGGCGGGUGGGUUCAUUAAUUGGCUACACCCGAUGAGGAUCAGACACUUGACGACAGGCCGUUAUUUAGGCGUAAAAGAAAACAACGAACUGUACCUGGUCGAUAGGAACGAAGCUACAAUAGAGACGUCAACGUUCUGGCUGAGACAAGAGAAGGACGACCAGAAGAUUGUUCUCGAAGACAAGGAUCUCGAGGUCAUCGGCUUGCCAAUUAUCAAAUAUGGUGACUCGACUGUUAUCAUGCAACAUGCUACAACAUGUCUGUGGGUCUCAUACAAGUCAUACGAGACAAAGAAGAAGGGCGUCGGUAAAGUGGAAGAGAAGCAAGCUGUGCUUCACGAGGAAGGCAAAAUGGACGACGGUCUGGAUUUCUCCCGGUCGCAAGAAGAGGAGUCCCGCACGGCUCGUGUGAUCAGAAAAUGCAGCAGCUUGUUCACACAGUUCAUCACAGGCCUAGAGACGCUGCAAGUAGAUAGAAGAGCGUCAAUGUUCUUCCAAAAUGUGAAUCUGAACGAAAUGGUGAUGUGCCUGGAAGACUUGAUCAAUUAUUUCGCCCAGCCCGAGGAUGACAUGGAACAUGAGGAGAAACAAAACAGAUUCCGAGCUUUAAGAAAUCGUCAAGACCUGUUCCAAGAGGAAGGCAUCCUGAAUCUGAUCUUGGAGGCAAUCGACAAAAUCAACGUGAUCACGUCGCAAGGUUUUCUCGUCGCGCUUUCCGGAGACGAGAGCGGACAAGCCUGGGACCAAAUAUCCGGCUACCUGUAUCAAUUGCUGGCAGCGAUUAUCAAAGGGAAUCACACGAACUGCGCACAGUUCGCUAACAGCAAUCGUCUAAAUUGGUUGUUCAGUCGACUGGGUUCGCAGGCUUCCAGCGAAGGUACAGGGAUGUUGGACGUACUUCACUGCGUCCUCAUCGAUUCGCCAGAGGCGUUAAACAUGAUGAGAGACGAGCAUAUCAAAGUAAUCAUCUCCCUACUCGAGAAGCACGGAAGGGAUCCAAAAGUAUUAGACGUUCUCUGUUCACUGUGCGUCGGUAAUGGCGUCGCGGUGCGCUCGUCGCAAAACAACAUCUGCGACUUCCUCCUGCCUGGGAAAAACCUUCUGCUACAAACGCAACUAGUAGAUCACGUAGCUAGCGUUAGACCGAAUAUAUUCGUCGGUAGAGUCGAGGGAUCAGCUCUCUAUCAAAAAUGGUACUUCGAAGUCACCGUGGACCAUAUCGAGCAGACAACACACAUGAUGCCUCAUCUGAGAAUCGGCUGGGCGAAUACUGCAGGAUACAUGCCGUACCCCGGCGGUGGCGAAAAAUGGGGAGGAAACGGUGUAGGCGACGACCUCUAUUCAUUCGGCUUCGACGGUGCCUACUUAUGGACCGGUGGCAGGAAAACCCAAGUGGUUCACAACGCCACCGAACCUUACAUCAGGAAAAGCGACGUGAUCGGCUGCGCUUUGGACCUGACGGUGCCCAUAAUCACGUUCACCUUCAACGGAGCACCCAUUCUAGGAUCCUUCCGAAACUUCAACUUGGACGGCAUGUUCUUCCCAUCGAUCAGCUGCUCUUCUAAGUUGUCCUGUCGAUUCCUUUUGGGUGGUGACCACGGCCGACUCAAGUUCCAACCACCGGAAGAGUUCUCACCCCUAGUGGAAAGUCUUUUGCCUCAGCAGAUACUAUCCCUGGACCCUUGCUUCUAUUUCGGCAAUAUGAACAAAGUGGUGUUAGCUGGGCCCUGGUUGGUCGAGGACGACACUGCUUUCGUUCCAGCCCCCGUUGACACCUCGAUGAUCAACUUGCCGUCAUAUGUCGAACAAAUAAGAGACAAGCUGGCUGAGAACAUCCACGAAAUGUGGGCGAUGAAUAAGAUCGAGGCUGGCUGGAUCUACGGAGAGCACAGAGAUGAUAUGAGGAAGAUUCAUCCGUGCAUCGUUCAAUUCGAGAAACUCCCAGCUGCUGAGAAGCGAUAUGACACGCAACUGGCUGUCCAGACGUUGAAAACUAUUCUGGCCCUGGGGUACUAUAUUACCAUGGACAAACCACCUUCUAGAAUAAAGACUCUGAGGCUACCCAAUGAACCAUUCCUGCAGAGCAGUGGAUACAAACCAGCGCCUCUUGAUCUUACUGCUAUCACACUUACUCCUAAGAUGGAGGAGCUGGUGGAUCAGCUUGCCGAGAAUACGCAUAAUUUGUGGGCGAAGGAGAGGAUCAGUCAGGGAUGGACCUAUGGUUUGAACGAAGAUUCAGAAAUGAGGAGGAGUCCGCAUUUAGUACCCUACCCGAAGGUUGAUGACGCUAUUAAGAAGGCUAAUCGAGACACUGCUAGCGAAACUGUUAGGACGCUCCUAGUUUAUGGGUAUAUGCUGGAACCACCUACUGGAGAGCAGCAUGAAGCUCUGCUCUUGGAGGCAAACAGGUUACGACAACUGGCCUUCAGAACGUACCGAGUAGAGAAGCACUACGCGGUAAGCAGCGGAAAAUGGUACUUCGAGUUCGAAGUCCUAACUGCAGGUCCAAUGCGUGUGGGGUGGGCGAAAGCAGAUUGCAUGCCCGGAAGCAUGCUAGGAAGCGACGAGAAUACGUGGGCAUUCGAUGGUUACAAUGAGGAAAAAGUAUACUCGGGCACAGCCGAAACAUUUGGCAAACAAUGGCAGGUUGGAGACGUUGUCGGGGUAUUCCUGGAUCUAAUUGACCGAACGAUUAGUUUCUCUCUGAAUGGAGAAUUGUUGAUGGACGCGCUCGGCGGCGAAACGUCGUUCGCCGACGUCCAAGGAGACUGUUUCGUGCCGGCCUUUACUCUUGGAGUCGGCCAGAAGGCGAAGCUCACGUUCGGUCAGGACGUAAACACGCUGAAAUUCUUUACCACAUGCGGUUUGCAAGAAGGAUACGAACCCUUCUGCGUAAAUAUGAAUCGCCCAGUAACAUACUGGUACACGAAAGACCAACCAAUCUUCGAGAACACCGACGACAUGGCCGACACCAGAAUAGACGUUGCCAGGAUCCCUGCAGGGUCCGACACCCCUCCGUGUCUCAAGAUCUCGCACAAUACGUUUGAAACCAUGGAGAAAGCGAACUGGGAGUUCCUACGGUUGUCUCUACCGGUUAUUUGUCAAUCAACGUUCAUCUCGGAGAACGAAAAAGUAAAAAGAUGGCAGGAAAUCAAGAUGCGGCAGAGCAGGCUGUUGUCCGAACAGGUGGAACAAGCGCAACAAGCCGCGCCAUCGGCUCAAAUGGAGCAGAUUAUGAAGUCUGGUUUCAGCAUGAGUGACAUUAAAGGGUUGCAGAGAAAUUACUCCGAAGAUGCAGUGGAAGCGGACGAGAUGAUGAAAGAGUCACCAUUGCCGAUGCAGAGGAACAAGCCAGUCAGACCUCCCAGGAAAGGUUCCCUUUACGGAUCACGAGGUGGUAACAUGGAGAACGCCAUCAGCGAGGGAGACAUGAACGGUUACGGUGACAUGAACGGAGACGUAAAAGACGACAAGAAGAAACGCGGGCGUUCACCGUUCCGCGAGCUUAGCAAAGAGACGGAAGAAGAACAGUUCUUCUCGCGCAAAGCGAAGUCGCCGGACGCAAAGUCGAAAACGCCCGAGCCGCCUGUCCGCUCCGACGUCUCCGACAAGAGCACGAAAACUCUGUCGAUGAACAAAGCAAGUAGCCGGCCUCCCCAAAUUCGCAUAUCAAAUACGGAUUUGAAGGUGAUACCGCCUCAAAUACCAGAACGGAACGCGCCGAAGGCGAUGUCAGUGCUGAGCGGGUCUGGCGUCGAGGCUAUUGGAAACGAAAUAUUCGACGCGGAUUGUCUCAAGCUGAUGAACGAAUACUUCUACGGCGUGAGGAUUUUUCCUGGACAGGAUCCAACCCACGUUUAUGUUGGCUGGGUCACGUCCCAGUAUCAUCUACAUACGAAGGACUUUAAUCUGUCUCGCGUGAGGAAGUCAUCCGUAGUUAUAACCGAUGAUUAUGACCGACCAGCUGAACAAGUGGACAGGCAAAGUUGCUACAUGGUCAGAGCAGAUGAACUAUACAAUGAAGUCACACAAGACGCAUCCGGCAAAGGAGCCUCCCAAGGGAUGUUCGUUGGUUGUUUCGUGGACACAGCAACCGGUUGGGUCUCGUUCACCUGUGAAGGCAAAGAGACCAGCCACAAAUUCAGAAUGGAACCCGACACCAAACUGUUCCCUGCCAUUUUCGUGGAAGCCACUAGCAAAGAGAUCCUUCAGAUCGAACUGGGAAGAACAUCGACGACUUUGCCACUGUCCGCUGCAGUUUUACAGAACUCGGAACGUCACGUUAUACCCCAAUUCCCGCCCAGAUUGAAGGUUCAGUGUCUGAAACCUCAUCAAUGGGCCAGGGUACCUAAUCAGUCGCUUCAGGUGCACGCGUUGAAGCUGUCUGACAUCAGGGGUUGGUCCAUGUUGUGUGAAGACGCAAUUUCAAUGCUGGCGUUGCACAUCCCUGAAGAGGAUAGAUGCAUCGAUAUCUUGGAGCUCAUUGAAAUGGACAAAUUGCUUAGCUUCCAUGCGCACACCCUAACACUUUACGCAGCUCUUUGCUACCAGUCGAACUACAGAGCAGCCCACGCUCUGUGCCAACACGUCGACCAGAAACAAUUGUUAUAUGCUAUUCGAGCGGAAUACAUGUCCGGGCCCCUACGACAAGGAUUCUACGACUUGCUGAUCGCUCUGCAUCUCGAGUCGCACGCGACGACGAUGGAAGUGUGCAAGAAUGAAUAUAUCAUUCCUUUAGGUCAAGAACUGAAAGACUUAUACGAAUCCGUGGAGAUGCGGCACAGUCUCAGGUACCUGGAAACCGAGUCGGUGCGACCGCAAAUGAAGAUGACAGAUAUCAGGGAAAUUCCUUCUAGCGAUCAAACGAUCGAGAACAUAAGGAGCCUCUACAGCCCGUACUUCCCUCUGGACGUCGUACGGGAUUACGUGAUGGAGGCCCUAAACGAGGCCGUCGAGGUCAAUCAAGUACACAACCGAGACCCUAUCGGUGGCAGCAACGAGAAUCUCUUCCUGCCGCUUUUGAAACUCGUCGAUAGGCUGCUGCUAGUCGGAAUGCUUAGAAACGAGGACAUCAUGAAGCUUUUGAUUAUGAUUCAUCCGGAAACUUGGGACCCAACGUUUGAUAAAGAAGGGAAAGACGAACACAAGAAGGGAUUGCUCCACAUGAAAAUGGCGGAAGGAGCGAAACUCCAGAUGUGCUACCUUCUUCACCAUCUGAACGACAUCCAACUGCGCCAUCGCGUCGAGUCCAUCAUUGCCUUCAGCCAUGACUUUGUCGGUGACCUUCAAGCCGAUCAGCUGCGUCGUUACAUCGACAUCAAACAGUCGGAUCUGCCGUCAGCGGUAGCAGCGAAGAAAACCAGAGAAUUCCGUUGCCCGCCACGUGAACAGAUGAACGCGAUUUUGAGCUUCAAGAACAUGGAGUUCGAGGAAGAUCCUGACAACAUACCUUGUGGAGAGGAUCUCAUUACCAGAAUGAACGAUUUUCACAGCAAUCUGAUGUCCUACGUAUCCCUAAACGCUCUUCAGGUUGCGGCUGAAGCUGAAAACGAACCAGCAGAGGAAGUUCAGAAGCCUGGAGCGAUGAAGAAGCUGUUCAAUUUCAUAAAUGCAGUAAAGGAACUGGAAGAAGAACCUAAGCCAGAACCUGAACCGGAAAAGAAGACUCCAGAAGAGGUGUUCCGAAAAGUACUGAUAUCAACCAUCGUCAACUGGGCAGAAGAAUCCCAGAUCGAAACACCGAAAUUGGUGCGUGAGAUGUUCAGCCUUCUGGUUCGUCAAUACGAUACCGUAGGUGAAUUAAUCAGGGCCUUGGAGAAGACUUACGUGAUCAACAGCAAGACAAGAGACGACGCUGCCUUGAUGUGGGUCGGUCUGAGCCAAAUUCGUGCACUGUUGCCUGUGCAAAUGUCCCAGGAGGAAGAAGAGUUGGUCAGAGAGAGACUCUGGAAGUUAGUGAACAAUCACACUUUCUUCCAGCAUCCAGAUCUGAUCAGAGUGUUGAGGAUCCACGAAAACGUCAUGGCGAUCAUGAUGAACACUCUGGGCAGACGAGCGCAAGCGCAAUCAGACGCUCAGACUCAAGCCCAAACCACCGAAGGAGAACCAGCUUCCAAAGAGAAAGACACUUCUCAUGAGAUGGUGGUAGCUUGUUGUCGAUUCCUUUGCUAUUUCUGCCGUACAUCCAGGCAAAAUCAAAAAGCCAUGUUCGAUCACUUUGACUUCUUGUUGGAGAACAGUAAUAUUCUGUUAUCGAGACCUUCUUUGAGAGGAUCAACACCAUUGGACGUAGCUUAUUCAUCGUUGAUGGAGAACACGGAGCUUGCGUUGGCUCUCAGAGAACACUAUCUCGAGAAAAUUGCUAUCUAUUUGUCUCGUUGCGGUUUGCAGUCGAAUUCUGAACUGGUAGAGAAAGGAUAUCCAGAUCUGGGUUGGGAUCCAGUGGAAGGUGAACGAUACUUGGACUUCUUGCGAUUCUGCGUGUGGGUCAAUGGCGAAAGCGUAGAGGAGAAUGCAAACUUGGUUAUACGUUUACUGAUCAGGAGACCGGAGUGUUUGGGUCCAGCAUUGCGAGGCGAGGGCGAAGGUCUGCUGAGAGCUAUUAUAGAUGCUAAUAAAAUGUCUGAACGCAUCGCCGAUCGGCGAAAGGUACACGAUGAAGCGGAAGGGACAGCAGUGAUGCAAUUUGAGCAUCCGCUUCCGGAAUCGGAUGACGAUGAAGAUUAUAUCGAUACAGGCGCUGCGAUCUUGAAUUUCUAUUGUACCCUGGUAGACUUGUUGGGUCGCUGCGCUCCGGAUUCUUCUGUGAUCGAGCAAGAGGCGUCGACAGAAUCAGUUGGGAAGAAUGAGUCUUUGCGAGCGAGAGCUAUUCUACGAUCGCUGGUGCCCCUCGACGAUCUUCAGGGUGUUUUGUCCUUGAGAUUCACGCUGCUGAACCCUGCGGCUGGUGAAGAGAAACCGAAAAGCGACAUGCCGUCUGGCCUGAUCCCGGGACACAAGCAGAGCGUUGUUUUGUUCUUGGAGCGCGUUUACGGCAUCGAAACACGGGAAUUGUUCUUCAAGAUACUCGAAGAAGCUUUCUUGCCUGAUCUUAGAGCAGCUACUAUGCUAGACAGGAACGAUGGCUACGAAUCCGACAUGGCGUUGGCGAUGAAUCGAUACAUCGGGAAUAGCAUCCUGCCUCUGUUGAUCAAGCAUUCCAAAUUCUACAACGAAGCGGACAAUUAUGCCAGUCUCCUCGACGCUACUUUACACACCGUUUACCGGUUGAGUAAAAACAGAAUGCUGACGAAGGGACAACGAGAGGCGGUGUCGGACUUCCUGGUGGCUUUAACUAGAGAAGUCCACGAAUUAAAUGUCUCCCAAAUGCAACCCAGUAUGCUGUUAAAGCUGCUCCGGAAGUUGACUGUAGAUGUGUCGAAGCUGUCAGAAUAUACCACCGUUGCACUAAGACUGUUGACUCUGCACUACGACCGUUGCGCGAAAUAUUACGGGUCUACCGGCGGACAGGGUGCAUACGGUGCAUCGAGUGAUGAAGAGAAACGUUUGACUAUGGUUCUCUUCAGUAACAUAUUCGAUUCCUUGUCCAAAAUGGACUAUGACCCAGAAUUAUUCGGCAAAGCCUUGCCCUGCCUUACGGCUAUUGGUUGUGCAUUGCCACCUGACUAUUCACUGUCUAAAAAUUAUGACGACGAGUGGUACGGCAGCAAAUCAGCCUCCACGCAAUCGCCGGAUGGACCCUAUAAUCCGCAGCCAAUUAACACCUCCAGUGUGGUGCUGAAUAAUGACCUCAAUCAAAUAGUACAGAAGUUCUCUGAACACUAUCACGAUGCUUGGGCUAGUCGAAAAUUAGAAAAUGGUUGGACCUAUGGUGAACAAUGGUCAGACGUAAACAAAACUCACCCCAGGUUGAAACCUUACAACAUGUUGAACGAUUACGAAAGGGAACGUUAUAAGGAACCAGUCAGGGAGAGCUUGAAAGCUUUGCUAGCCAUAGGAUGGAGCGUUGAACACGCAGAAGUGGAUGUACCUUCAACUAAUCGUAGUUCCAUGAGAAGAUCAUCGAAAAGUCAAGGUGAUUCAGCAAAUCCGUUCAAUUACAACCCCCAUCCAGUUGACAUGACGAAUCUGACAUUGAGCAGAGAGAUGCAGAAUAUGGCUGAACGUCUCGCGGACAAUGCACACGACAUCUGGGCGAAGAAAAAGAAGGAAGAGCUGGUGACUUGUGGAGGCGGUAUACAUCCUCAGUUGGUACCAUACGAUCUAUUGACAGACAAAGAAAAGCGAAAAGACCGUGAACGUUCACAGGAAUUUCUGAAAUAUCUACAGUACCAAGGUUAUAAGCUUCACAAACCAAAUCGCGGCGGAGAAUCGGAAGUAGCGACAGCGGGAGCCUCAGUGGAGCUAAGAUUUGCAUACUCGUUAUUGGAGAAGCUGAUAGCCUACUUGGACAAGGCUACGAUCAACAUGAAACUAUUGAAACCAUCCGACACGUUCAGCCGACGAAACAGCUUCAAAACAUCGACAAGGGACAUCAAAUUCUUCAGUAAGGUUGUGCUGCCAUUAAUGGAAAAGUAUUUCAGUACGCACAGAAAUUAUUUCAUCGCGGUGGCUACCGCGACCAACAACGUUGGGGCUGCCUCUUUGAAGGAAAAAGAAAUGGUAGCAGCUCUCUUCUGCAAAUUGGCUAGUUUGUUAAGGUCCAGAUUGGCUGCCUUCGGGCCAGAUGUUAGGAUCACAGUCCGUUGUCUUCAAGUGUUGGUCAAGGGCAUUGAUGCGAAGAGCUUGGUGAAGAACUGCCCAGAGUUUAUUAGAACAUCUAUGCUAACCUUCUUCAAUAACACUGCGGACGAUUUAGGUCAUACGAUUUUGAAUCUCCAAGAGGGAAAAUAUAGCCAUCUUCGAGGUACGCAUUUGAAAACGUCAACCUCUUUGUCGUACAUCAACAGCGUAGUUUUACCAGUAUUGACUGCGAUGUUUGAUCAUCUGGCUGCUUGCGAGUACGGCAGUGACCUUUUAUUGGACGAAAUUCAAGUCGCAUCCUACAAAAUGCUAGCGUCUCUGUACACUCUCGGCGUGGACGCUUCCCUGACGCACGACAGAAAGUACCUGAAAACUGAGAUCGAGCGUAACAAGCCCAACUUAGGUUCCUGUCUAGGUGCCUUCUCGAGUUGCUUCCCUGUGGCAUUUCUGGAACCUCAUUUGAACAAGCACAAUCAGUUUUCCCUUUUGAAUCGUAUCGCUGAUCAUUCCUUGGAAGCUCAAGACAUCAUGACGAAGAUGGAGUCGAGCAUGCCAACACUGGAGACAAUCUUAGCGGAAGUAGAUCAAUUCGUUGAGUCUGAGAAAACCUACAGUGACGUUCCUCAUGUCGUCGACGUGAUUCUGCCUUUGCUUUGCUCGUACUUGCCGUUCUGGUGGGCGCAAGGUCCAGACAAUGUGAACCCGACUGAAGGUACCUAUGUCAGCAUGGUAACUAGUGAUCACAUGAACCAGCUUCUCAAGAAUGUUCUCAAAUUGAUCAAGAAGAACAUUGGUAACGAGAAUGCUCCUUGGAUGACACGUAUCGCAGCCUACACUCAACAGAUCAUCAUCAACUCUUCGGAAGAGCUGUUGAAGGAUCCAUUCUUGCCAUUGGCCGAACGUGUCAGGAAACGUACCGACAACAUGUUCCACAAAGAGGAGUCUCUUCGAGGCUUCAUCAAAUCAUCAACGGAUGAUACGUCGCAGGUCGAGGCACAGAUUCAAGAGGAUUGGCAACUGUUGGUUCGCGACAUCUACUCGUUCUAUCCUCUGUUGAUCAAAUAUGUCGAUCUUCAAAGAAAUCACUGGCUUAGAAACAACAUACCCGAGGCUGAAGAUCUUUAUAAUCACGUCGCUGCGAUAUUCAACAUUUGGUCUAAAUCGCAAUACUUCUUAAGGGAGGAACAGAACUUUAUAUCGGCGAAUGAGAUUGAUAACAUGGUGCUGAUUAUGCCGACUGCUACUAGGAGAUCCACUACCAUUUCGGAUGGUACUGCACCUUCUGGUGGUGGCAAGAAAAAGAAGAAACAUCGCGACAAAAAAAGGGACAAAGACAAAGAGGUUCAAGCGUCUCUAAUGGUAGCCUGCUUGAAGAGGCUGCUGCCAGUAGGUCUGAAUUUGUUUGCCGGCCGCGAACAGGAAUUGGUUCAGCACUGCAAGGACAGAUUCCUGAAGAAGAUGCCUGAAUAUGACAUCGCAGAAUUCGCGAAAACGCAGUUGACUCUGCCGGAUAAGAUUGAUCCCGCCGACGAAAUGUCUUGGCAGCACUAUUUGUACUCGAAACUGGGUCAGAAGAAAGACGCCAUGGAACCAGUGAAGGCGCAACAGUUAGAGGACGUGGUCGCAAGGAUCACCGACAUGGCCAAAGUUCUUUACGGCUUGCACAUGAUAGAUCAUCCGCAACAGCAGAGCAAGGGUCAAUAUCGAUCCGUGGUGUCGAUACAACGUAAACGAGCCGUGAUCGCUUGUUUCCGUCAAACUUCCCUACAUUCCUUGCCCAGGCAUCGGGCUAUAAACAUAUUCGCGCGAACAUAUUACGAGCUCUGGUUGCAAGACGAGAACGUCGGUCAAGAAGUGAUGAUUGAAGACCUUACGCAAUCUUUCGAGGACGCAGAAUUAAAGAAGAUGGACAAAGACGAGGAUGAGAGCAAACCAGACCCUCUCACGCAAUUGGUUACAACGUUCUGUCGCGGUGCAAUGACAGAACGGUCCGGUGCACUUCAAGAAGAUCCGUUGUACAUGAGCUACGCUCGCAUCAUAUCGAAAUCUUGCGGUGAGGAGGAAGAAGAGGGCGAGGACGAGGGUGGAGGUGGCGAAGAAGAGGGAGGUGCCUCUAUCCAUAAGCCGGCGCAUAAGCUACUUAUGAGACCAAUGCACAAACUCAUGGAACAAGAAAUGGAGAAACAGAAGCUUCUCUUCCACCAAGCUCGCCUCGCCAAUCGCGGCGUAGCGGAGAUGGUCUUGUUGCACAUAUCAGCCUGCAAAGGUUUGCCCAGUGAGAUGGUUAUGAAAACCUUGGAGUUGGGCAUCUCGAUUCUACGCGGCGGUAACAUAGAGAUUCAGCGGGGAAUGCUAAACCAUUUGAAGGAAAAGAAAGACGUAGGAUUCUUCACGUCAAUCGCUGGUUUGAUGAACUCCUGCAGCGUGCUGGAUCUAGACGCUUUCGAGAGGAACACCAAAGCCGAAGGUCUCGGUGUCGGUUCAGAAGGAGCUGCUGGCGAGAAGAAUAUGCACGACGCUGAAUUCACGUGUGCUCUAUUUAGGUUCAUCCAAUUGACUUGUGAAGGUCACAAUCUUGACUGGCAGAAUUAUCUAAGAACUCAAGCUGGUAACACGACGACAGUAAACGUUGUUAUCUGUACCGUCGACUAUCUUCUAAGACUCCAGGAAUCUAUCAUGGACUUCUACUGGCAUUACUCCAGCAAGGAACUAAUAGAUCCAGCCGGCAAAGCUAACUUCUUCAAAGCUAUAGGCGUUGCCAGUCAAGUAUUCAACACGCUGACUGAAGUUAUUCAAGGACCUUGCGCGCAGAAUCAACAAGCACUGGCACACUCUCGAUUGUGGGACGCUGUCGGUGGUUUCCUCUUCCUCUUCUCCCACAUGCAAGACAAGUUAUCGAAGCACUCGAGUCAAGUAGACCUUCUAAAGGAAUUGCUGAACUUGCAGAAGGACAUGAUCACCAUGAUGCUGUCUAUGCUUGAGGGUAACGUCGUGAACGGAACGAUCGGAAAGCAAAUGGUGGACACGCUGGUAGAGUCAGCUGGCAACGUAGAAUUGAUUCUCAAAUACUUCGACAUGUUCUUGAAACUGAAGGAUCUGGUGUCGUCGCCAAGUUUCUUGGAGGUCGAUUUGAACAGCGACGGUUGGGUGUACCCUAAGGACUUCAAGGAGAAGAUGGAACAACAGAAGAGUUACACGAACGAAGAGAUCGAGUUCUUGUUAGCCUGUUGCGAGACGAACCACGACGGCAAAAUCGACUACGUCGCGUUCAUGGAUCGUUUCCACGAACCGGCAAAAGAAAUCGGCUUCAACCUUGCUGUCCUGUUGACCAACUUAUCGGAGCAUAUGCCGAACGAGCCCAGAUUGGCGAGAUUCCUUGAAACAGCUGGUUCCGUAUUGAAUUACUUCGAGCCAUUCCUAGGCAGGAUCGAGAUCCUCGGCGGGAACAAAAAGAUCGAGCGCGUAUACUUUGAGAUCAAAGAGUCGAACAUCGAACAAUGGGAGAAACCGCAGAUCAAGGAGUCCAAGAGGACAUACUUCUACAACACUGUUGUAGAGGCCGGCGAGAAAGAGAAGCUGGAAACGUUCAUCAACUUUUGCGAAGACGCUAUCUUUGAAAUGCAACACGCGAGCGCGCUGAUGGCGGUAGAGGAGAGCGGAGGAAUCGGGAAGGCCAGAGAAUCUUCUUAUACGUAUAUGACGGACGACGACGAAGAGAGGAACAAAGAUCCGAUCAGACGGGGCAUCCAAACGUUCAAGGACAGCAUCUAUUUCUUCUUCUCCAUAUUCUCACCCAGCAACAUCAAGAACAAGAUCGCUGAAAUGCAACAGAUGACGAUACUAGAACUCUUCGUUGGCUUCUUCAAGACGAUAUUCUACGCGUUUUACUACUCUGGCUUCGGUGUCGGCUGUGUUAUCAAAUACUUCAUGGGAUUACUGUUGGCGUUGAUGAAAGGACCGCACGUGGAAGAACCUGUGGUUGAGACGAAGGAAGAGGAAGAGAAACCGUCGAGGCAUCUACCGGCUCUACCACCUACUCCGGAUGAGUCUAAUCUACAGGUACAGGCGUUUGGAAUGGACAUAACGAAAGAAGAAGGCGGCCAGAUUAAGAUAGCGCCCCAUGAAUCGGCAACUUCGACACCGCAAUCAAGUAUCGAAGAAACUGGCGAAAGUACACCUGAGGAAGCCGCUGGUGACGAGGGUGCUAGAGCUGAAGGAGGUGGCGACACUGAAACGCCUGUUUCCUUGGUUGACUUAUUAGGUGGCGAACAAGCCAGAGCUCAAGCUGCAGCCGCUGCCGAAGCGGCAGCUGCGCAGCAGGCAGCAAUGGCUGCAGUUGAGGCAGAAGCGAAGCAGGAGACGACAACGGAAACUUCGUCGUCUAGUAUCGAUUUCUCCGAGUACACACAUCGCAUUGUGUCAUUCUUGGCUAGGAACUUCUAUAACUUGAAAUAUGUUGCCUUGGUUCUCGCUUUUUGCAUCAAUUUCAUGCUGCUGUUCUACAAGGUAUCAUCGUUGGCUAGCGAAGAAGAUGAGGAAGGCAGCGGUCAAAUGAUGGUGGACAUGUUGGCGGAGAUGUCUGGCGAGUGUCCAUCCGGUUCCGGUGACGGCGGCGGAAGUGGCGCGGAAAUGGGAAGCGGCAGCGGGGAGAACGAAUCAGAGGAAGAGGAAGAUGCGUACGCUUUGGAAUACGUGGAAGUGGCUGAGGAUUUCUAUUACAUGGCGCAUGUUAUGAGGCUCAUGGCUGUUCUUCAUUCGAUUGUCUCUCUCGCUAUGCUGGUCGCUUAUUAUCAUUUGAAGGUACCGCUGGCCAUCUUCAAACGAGAAAAGGAAAUCGCGCGAAGGGUAGAGUUCGAUGGGUUAUACAUCGCCGAGACGCCGGAAGAAGACGACAUCAAGGCACAUUGGGACAAGAUGGUAAUAUCGGCGAAGACAUUCCCCGUGAAUUACUGGGAUAAAUUCGUGAAGAAGAAAGUCCGACAGAAGUACAGCGAGACCUACGACUUUGACUACAUCAGCAACCUGCUUGGCAUGGAGAAGACAUCGUUCAGCCAGCAAGAAGAAGAAGGGUCUGGAUUGAUUCAUUUUAUCGUGAAUAUCGAUUGGAGGUAUCAAGUUUGGAAAGCUGGCGUUACCAUCACGGACAACGCAUUUUUGUACAGCUUGUGGUACUUCAUAUUUUCGAUCCUCGGUAAUUACAACAACUUCUUCUUCGCUGCCCACUUGUUGGACGUCGCGGUUGGUUUCAAGACGCUUCGUACGAUCUUGCAAUCCGUAACACACAACGGCAAACAAUUAGUGUUGACGGUGAUGUUGCUGACAAUCGUUGUGUACAUAUACACGGUCAUAGCCUUCAACUUCUUCAGAAAGUUUUAUAUACAAGAGGAGGACGACGAAGUGGACAAGAAGUGUCAUGACAUGUUAACGUGUUUCGUGUUCCACCUGUACAAAGGCGUCAGAGCUGGUGGUGGAAUCGGCGACGAGAUCGGCGAACCUGAUGGUGACGAUUACGAAGUUUAUCGUAUCAUGUUCGAUAUCACUUUCUUCUUCUUUGUCAUUGUCAUUCUGCUGGCUAUCAUUCAAGGUUUGAUUAUCGACGCUUUUGGUGAACUUCGAGACCAGCUCGAGAACGUGAAGACAAAUAUGGAGAGCAAUUGCUUCAUUUGUGGUUUAGGCAAGGAAUAUUUCGAUACAGUUCCUCAUGGUUUCGAUACACACGUUCAACAGGAGCACAAUCUUGCUAAUUACAUGUUCUUCCUCAUGCACUUGAUCAACAAACCGGACACCGAGUAUACUGGUCAGGAAACGUACGUAUGGAACAUGUACCAGCAAAGGUGUUGGGACUUCUUCCCGGUCGGAGAUUGCUUCCGAAAGCAGAAUGAGGCGGUAGAGGAGGAAGCGAAGAAGAAGUAAAGAAGAUCUAAUUUCCCGUGUGAUCGUGCACGAACGACCAAUCGAUUGUUACCGCGUAAGGAAGACACGCUUUCCUGAAACGUCUUCGAUAAUCGUAGUCUCCAAUUUCUACACGCAGAAGGGGAUGUGAUGCAUUAACACUAGAAUUACCAGACGGAUCAAAGUGAUCUGUUCCUUCUUUAGCGAUUAUUAAAAUCGUAAAGGUGCUUUUCCGGGGAAUUAAUUAAAUAGAUAAAUUUCUUCUGCCUCGACGAAUGCACUAUUAUAACUUUUCUGAGGAAUCGUAAGCUAGUCAGUUUGAUUGGUUGGUAUUUCUAGUAUUAAUACCGUUUGUCAGGCUAUGAUCAGAAUUUUAGGAUGUAACGUUCACGCGUGUACGUUAAUAGAUAAAGUAAAACGUUGAACGUACACUCUUAAGAACGGGACGCGCCUCGUUGCUGGAAACUCGAGCGAGCUGCGCGCACGUUUCGUACCGGAAACCGAAUCGCGUGUCCACUGCUGAGGACGAACAAGGACCUGGGAGACUGGUGAAAAUAUUUUUCCAACCUAUUUUUCCAACUUUGUAUGGAUGGCUGGAUCGUAUUAACCAACAGUUUCCUCCUUAGAUAGGUAAUUUGCAAACAUAUUGUUGAGUCAUUUGAAUUUACGGGGAACCGAUUGCACAAAUCUUGCAUUAUCAUGAAAACCGUUAUCGAUUGCCUUCUUUUCAUACGUCGGCCGACCACACUUGUGCAUAAGAAUUUAAUUCAUCCACGUAAUGUUUGAGAUUCUAUACGGUAAGAUGGUUAUUGUAAGUUGAAGGUGUUUAAAGUUUAUAUAUAAAAAUGUGUCGAGGAACCUCUACGUGAGAACUUUUUAACGAUCAUUGACGACUGAAAUCGCGAUGUAAUCAAAGAUGUCAAUACGUUGUAAAUAACGAUCUACGAAGAGAUUACCUGAGAAUAAAGAAAGACAUACUUCUUUAAGUUUUC